AUGUUCAUGAAUCGAUCAUUGAUUACCGUUUUAUUCUUUAUGAAUAUUCAAGCACGAAUUUUUCUUUUUGAUACUGAAGAUAGUCGUCGAGUGGAACAACACGAUUGUCUCUAUUAUACAAGUGAUGUUUCUGUAAAAUAUUGUCGUCGAUCUAAUAAUGGUUCUACUUUGGAUCGAUCAAGUUUCACGUGCUUUAAUGGUGGAGAACAACUUUCGUUUCAAUAUUUACUUGAACAAAAUAUUUCUCCUCAAGAGAUUCUCCAAUGGAAUUCAAGUAUUGAACGAGCCGAUGAUUAUGCCUCAUUCUUCUAUUAUCGAGAUGAGAAAAAUCUGAUGAAUGAUGAAUUUCUCUGCCAUUGUAUUCAUCCGGGAACAUUUGGAAAAUAUUGUGAAUAUCAUUUUUUGGAUGGUGCAUUGACGUUUGAACAAUCGAUUAAACAACAAUUCGAACAAAAAGAAAAAAAUCAUUGGGCUGCUCAACAUUAUGGCGAUAUUCUUUGUUAUAAGACGAUUCCUUGCUAUUCAGGAUUAUUAUGUUUAGAUUGGAGAAAUAUUUGUGAUGGAGAACAACAAUGUUCUGGCGGUUACGAUGAAGAAAAUUGUGAUCUAUUAGAAUUUAAUGAAUGUGAUGAUGAUGAAUAUCGUUGUAUGAAUGGAAUGUGUAUUCCUGAAGAUUAUUGGCUUGAUGGCGAUUCAGAUUGUAUGGAUGGUAGUGAUGAAAAAACAGGUCAAUUACAUAACGAUUGUUUCUAUCAACCUGAUCAAUUUCGAUGUGAUGAGAAAUUUUGUUCACGAGGCCAAUGGUCAUGUGGUGACGGUCAAUGUAUUGAAGCUUGGAAUCGUUUCGGAUAUCAACAAAUAUUUUCUUCAGAUGAUUAUUGUCUUAGUCAUCGAGAACUAAAUCAUAUGUGUGAAGCUAAUUGGCGUUGGCCUUUAUGGACUUUAUCGCAAACUGGUUUAUGUACUAAUCAAUUUGGUUAUGAUGAUCCAGAAUUAAGCAUGUCUCAAACUUCUUCAUCAUCAGAUGAGCGAUGUACUUAUCUAAUUCGAUGUGCUUUAUCACAAGGAUUUGAACGUGAUUGUGUUUGUAAUCAUUUGAAUUGUUCACAAUUGAUAAUCGAUCAAUGUGGGCCUGGUCCUCUCUAUGCAUAUCCUAAUCAAGCUUUGGUACGUCCUUAUAUGUUUUCUUUGUAUGAGAUUGAUCGUAGUUGGCUUGAUCGUACACCAGAUCAAUAUCUUUUCGAUGGUGAAAUUCUCUGUCGAGGAUAUUAUGGUAAAAUUUCAGUAUUGGAUUCGAAAGGGUUAAAUAUUAAUUUUAUCUGGAUUCAACAGCCUCAUAUUUAUUUAGAUUUCGAAUUCUGUCGUAAAGUUUCCGUGAAAAAUUUACUCGAAUUUCAUUUUGAUAUCGGAUGUUGGGCAAAUCAAACAUUAACUUUUAACAAACGAUCGUAUGCAUUUGAUCCAAGAUUUUGUCCAAAUUCACACCGAUGUUUAUCUCAAUAUCGUUCUCGUGAUCGGAUAUCUGAUUGUUAUGAAGAUUCCGAUGAAGACGAAUCGAAUUAUACUGAACUAUUUUGUAAAAAUAUUCGAAACCAUCGAUUAAGUUGUUCACGUCAGGAACCAUACUGCAUUUCAAUACAUUUGAUCAAUAUUGCCAAUGGAAUAUGUUCUGAUGGUUAUGAUCGAUAUUUAUUUGGAUCUGAUCGUGAUAUAAAACAUGUCUUCUGUCUCAAUCGAAAUGAUCAAGAUUGUCAACUUCUACGAGAUUAUAUUCGAAAUUCAUCAAUUCGAAAUAUGAGUUCAAAUAUUCAAUCGAUUCAAUCGAGAUCUCGUUUGCGUUAUCAUUGGUAUUGCGAUAGUUUUUGGGAUACACCAUCGCAUUCCGAUGAAUCGGUUGAAUUCUGUCAAUCAUGGAUUUGUCCAAAAAAUCAAUAUCAAUGUCAAACAGGUCAAUGUAUUCAAUUGCAAUGGCUCUGUGAUGGUGAAUGGGAUUGUUCGGAUGCAUCCGAUGAAGAAGUUCUUCUUUCCAUUAUGCACUUUUCUGAACAUAAUCAAAAACUCGAUGAUUUUUCUAAUCGAAUAAUAAAAUGUUAUCAAAAAUAUUCUAAUCAAUCAUUUUCUAAGAUUUGUAAUAUUUCAUCGGAAUUGCCUUGUUUUCGUGCAAAUGUUUCCGAUCCAUUAAAUAUUAACGAAUCUCGUCCAUGUAUUCCGUUCAACCGAGUUGGUGAUGGAUACGAAGAUUGUGUUGCUGGUCAUGAUGAGAAAAAUACAGCAGUUCAUUGUCUUGGUUCUAUGCUUGGUUUUAAUGUUCGAGGAAAUGAUGGAACAUGUUAUGCAUACAAACAUAUUUGUUCAUUGAUAUCCAAUGAUCCAAAUUGGCGUACAUGGUGUUUUUAUCGAAAUAAUAACAGUUCUUCAUGUUCAAAUAAGAAUGAUGUUAUUUGUUUAGACGGCUCAUGUAGACCAAAUGCUCGUUGUAAUAAAAAAUUGGAAUGUACUCAUGGAGAAGAUGAAUAUCGAUGCAUACUUUCUUCACUCGAGAGUGAAAGUAUUCAAUAUCGUUGGGAGAAAGAGUCUGCUAGAUUUUCGCAAGAGCCACAGUUACAACUGAAUCUUUAUCCAUCACUAUCAACGAUUGAAUCAAUCCAAUCAAAAACCAAACGGUUGAUGAUUAUGGAAGAAGAAAAUGCUUUUAUGUGUAAUCGUGGUGUUACAAUUGGAUGGAUGAGAGAAUACAAAGUCUGUUUUUGUCCACCUACUUAUUACGGAAAAUAUUGUCAAUUUUAUAAUGAUCGUUUAACAAUCAUUACUCAUUUGAAUUUAUCAGUAGAAAUGAGUCAUUUGAUGUUUAAAGUCAUUGUAACUUUACAUGAGUCGGAUAUUGAUAUAGCCAUCAGUCAUUAUCAGUUCAUUGUUAAUGGAACAUUUGAAAGACAGAAUUACGUCAAACAUCGUUUUACUUUACUUUUUUCAAGACUUACUGAAAUGUUAAGGUUUAAACAAAUCCGUUAUUUUACUCGUUCAAAUAUUCUAGAAAAUCAACCAUAUUCAAUUCAUUUUAAUCUCUUCCAAUUAAAUAGCAAUGAAAUAAUUGAAUUAGGUCGAUGGACUUAUCCAAUCUACUUUGAUUUUUUACCUUCAUUUCGUUUAGUAAAGUUCUUGAGUUUCCCAGAUGAAUUUCUAAAUCAAACAAAUCAUUCUUGUAUUAACCAUUCAUGUCCUUCGAAUUCAAUCUGUUUACCUAUUAUUAAUCAACAAGAUCAAUACUAUUGUUCAUGGCAAAAUGGUACUUAUGAUGCAAAUCAAUCUUAUGAACCAUUAUGUAUUUCGUAUUGUUCAUCGAAUUCUUUUUGUAAGCCUGAGUAUCGUGGAUUUUUAAGUAAUCUUGGUCAACCUUUCUGCGUUUGUCCAUUAGGUUAUUUUGGUCCACGAUGUAAUUUACGUCAUGAAGAAUGUCAUUCUCAGCCAUGUUUCAAUAAUGGUACGUGUUAUUUAACAUAUGAUUCAACAGGAGAAAAUCCAUUUCGAUGUGAAUGUGAAACAAAUUUCUAUGGUGAUCGAUGUCAAUGGACAAAAUCUUUCAUUGGAAUCGAUUUGAAUAUGACUGAUCACAAAGCAAUAAUAUCAGUCGUUCAAUUUUGUGAUGUUUUUAGAACUUCGUACGAAAUUCUUGUUCAAGACCAACAAUUGAUCAACGGAAUACCAUUGACAGUAUCAUACAAUCAUCCUUCAAUUAAAAAACCAAUUCUUGGCAUUUUAAAAACCUAUGAAGAUUUGAAUCAUUUAAACUAUUUUAUUAUUUAUUUUUUUCCAAAUACUACUCAAAUGUAUAUGAUAUCAACACCACAACAAUGUCCACAUGUUAUGGUACUUUUGAAUCAAAAGCCAUUCGAUAAUCAAGAUGGAAUACCUAUUCUUUUUAAAUAUCAUCGAAUUUGUCAAUAUUAUAAAGAUUUAUAUUGUUUUUAUAAUGAUGAUUAUCUUUGUAUAUGUGAAUUGGAUCAUCAUCGAGCCAAUUGUUUACUGCAUGAUAUAAAUAUUGAUCGAUGUAAUUAUUGUUUCUCAAAUGGAAAAUGUCUUCGUGGUAGUUUGAAAGAUGAGAAAAAUUUCUUUUGUAUUUGUCCUCGAUGUUAUCAAGGUGAUCGAUGUCAAUUUUCAAUGGAAGCAUUUGGUUCAACUAUUGAUUCUCUUCUUUCAUCACAUUCAUUAACAAUUUCAUUGAUCUAUAUAAUCAUAUCUGGAUAUCUCUUAUUUAUUGGAUUAAUCAAUAAUAUUUGUUCAUUCGUUACUUUUCAACGAUCAACACCACGAAAAGUUGCAAUCGGCUAUUUUCUUCUCAUCAGUACUCUUCUCAAUAAAUUUUCAAUUUUCUUUCUAUUCCUUAAAUUUCUCUACAAUUUUAUUGGAUCAGCAGGAUGGUUUAAUGAUGACCGCUUAAAUCUUGUUCUAUGUAAAAUGCUUUCCUAUUUUCUUUCGGUUACUACUAGAUCUUUCUAUUGGUUAGCAAGUUGGAUAACUAUCAAUCGAUUAUUCAUUAUUCUAUGUCCAACCAAAACAUUUUUCAAACGACCUUCUAUGGCUAAAAUUAUUAGUAGUAUCACUAUUUUCCUUAUUUGUCUAAUGCAUUGCCAUGAAAUUCUUUCUCAUAUCAUCAUUAAACAAUCUGAUUCAACUGUUUGUGUAACACAUUUUGAAGGUAAAUUUAUCACUAAUUACAAUCGUGUGACAACAUUUAUACAUUAUUUAAUUCCUGUUGCUAUCCAAAUUAUCUCGAUUACUUUGUUAAUUUUUCACGUUGCUCGAAGUCGAACAAGAUCAAGAGGCAAUGCAAUCUUUUCUCGAUCAUUUUUGACAGAACAAUUUCUGGCUUUAAAAGAAUUAUAUAUUACUCCAUUAGCAAUUGCCAUUAGUGCUCUACCACAAAUAACACUAUCAUUUACUUUAGCUUGUCAACAAUUAGUUCAAUGGCAAAAGCAUCUUCUUCUAUGUGCUUAUUUAUUAUCGUAUACUCCACAAAUUCUUGCUUUUUGUUUGUUUGUUCUGCCAUCGACGAUCUAUAAACAAGAAUUUAGUCAAACAUGGAUCGGCCAAAAAUUAUCUUCGAGGUUUGGAAAACUUUUCGAUCGGUGA